AUGAAGGUGCUGGUGGCGCUGGUGGUGCUGGGGUGUGCUGCGGGGGUGUCCCUUCACCGACCACAGCGACAAGUGUUUGGCAGUAAGUUAUCUCUCCAGUCAUCUCUGGGCGGCUACCUUCCACCACGAGAAGAGCCCUGCCAGCCGUCAACCGUCUACCGUACACAGACACAGUACUCCACCCAGGUCAUCCCCUCCACCGUCUACAAGACUGACGUACAAUACGUUACCCAGACGUCUGUACGCACUCAGCAGGUCUACACCACCAUCUACUCAGAGAUCGUCAGAACCCAAGUGGUGCCGUCCAUCCAGUACCAGACAGUGACCGUCACCCGUACCCAGGACAACGUCCGCACACAGGUCAUCACUCUACCUCCCCAGGUCAACUACGUCACACAGACGCAACAAGUCGUCAACACACAGGUUCAAUACCAGACCGUAUACUCGACCCGCAUUCAGCAAAUACCAUCAACAGUUACCAGGACUGAAGUUUCUACACAAGUGGUUCCUCAGCAGGUAAUCAGCACAGUCUACCAGACCCAGUAUGUGACCAGCACCCUGCAGCUUCCUGGACAGACCCGCACCAUAGACAGUACCCAGUACAGCACCAUCUACUCCACCGUGGUGGUGCCCGCUCAGGACGUGGUCAGUACAACACAAGUUAUCAGGACCAACGUCGUCACCCAGACCAUCACCCAGCCAGGCCAGACCCAGUACAUCACUUCCACCCAGGUGGUUCCCGUCACCACCACCAUCUACUCCCAGGUGGUGGUCACCAACACCCAGACACAGUACGUGACCCGCACCCAGGUACAGCAGGUGGUCUCCACCUACUACAGUACACAGCAGGUGCCGCAGUUUAUCACCAGGGCAGUAACUGUCCCACAGGAGGUGGUGAGGACCCAGGUAUCAACACAGGUGGUGCCCACAACCAUCUACACCCAAACAACAAUUCCUUCAGCAGUGACCCUGCCCGGCCAGACCCAGUACAUCACCGUCACCAGAACCUCCGUCAGCACCCAGCAGCUGCCAGGCCAGAUCCGCACCCAGUAUCAGACCACAACCAUCUAUAACACCAACUACGUCACCUCAACCGUUGUCAACCAGCAGUACAACACCGUGACGGCCACCAGUACCUACCAGCCCACCUGCAGCACCGGCUACAACUACCCAGCACCUGCCCAAAGCUUUAAUGCCCUGGGCUAGCAACGGUAACCUAUGAUGUCCACACAAUAUAUAAAGUUUGUACUGCUAAAUGCUUAGAGCAUAACUGAUCUUCAUCAUUUACAUGUGUGCACUCUAAUAUUGGAAAUCACUUUCACAAGUACUCCUUCUUGAGUUUAGUAAAUUUACUAGCAAAAUUAAAUAUACACUAACCUCUGUGUAUGUUAUGAGCAUCUUAAUGUGAAAAUCUGAUGUAUCUGAUGUAUAUUGUUGGAACUUUUAUACAUGCUACCAAAUUUCCUGUAUAUGAAUCUCUAUAUGACAAAAAAUGUACAUGAACAAUAUAUAAUAAGACUGAAGUCUGAGAAUAAGACUUUCAUUAAUAUAAAAUAUUUAAACAGUCCACGAAUA